CACAACAUCAGUAUCAUUCGUUAUGGCUUCAAGUUGGUUUCUUUUACUAGCUCUCUACUUUAGCUCUGUUUCAGCAGAAACCGAGGAAGCCCCUUACACAGUCUUGAAAGAGCAUCAAGGCUGGGAGGAGAGAGAGUUCCCUUCCACCAAAUGGAUUUCAACUGACGUAAUCUCAAACCAAGUUCAUAAUUCUCCUGAACAAGUUCAGGCGUUUUAUAGGCUUUUUGACUACAUUGACGGACAAAACUCUGAGGAAAUGAAAAUCCCCAUGACCGCCCCUGUAAGUUUUAGAAUAUUACCAGGAGAGGGAACUGAAUUCAAUUUCACAAUGUCUUUCUACAUUCCAUCAAAUCUUCAAGAAACCCCUCCUAAGCCCUUAGACUCAACUGUAUACAUAGAAGAGCGACCAGCAAUGAAGGUAGCAGCCAAGAGGUUUGGUGGAAUAUUCAUAAGUGAUCUGCAGUAUGCAACAGAGGCUGCGGAGUUAUAUGAGUUGGCUCUAGCGGAGGGACUAGGGAUUGCAGAUAUUCCACUUUGGACUGCUGGAUAUGAUGGACCAAAUGUAAUCAUUAAUAGAAGAAAUGAAGUUUGGUUGGAAAUAAAUUAAAAAUACCAUAAA